AAGACCCUCUCCGACACACUCACUGAGGCUGUGUGAGUGUGUCUGACGGUUUGUAUGUGUGUGAGCGGGUAUGUGAGUGUGUGAACGAGGGGAGGAUUAUUCCUCUGGAAUAGGAAGACUGACCAGGAAUACCUCUAAAGGAACCUCAGCAUGGUGGGAGGAAAAGGAGGAGAGAUGAUGAUUCCUUUGGUGCUUUGAUCAUUUAGUGUCCCUGCUUUCUGUCUGUCUGUGGGAAUUACUUAUUACAGCAACAAGCAAAUUGUUUGUUACCAAGUUUAAACAGUUCAUGGGCAAAAACAUGGAUCAGGAUUUGUUAUGUAAUUUGCAAUAAAUAAAGAUAUGCUUAAAGUAGAACAGUGAUAUGAAGAGAAGAAGACUGGGAUUCUGAGGACAGACAGACAGACAGUAUUCCCAGGGGCACCUCGCUGGGUCCGCUGGCCACUACAACAGAACAGCUACAUUCCUCUCAAAUCGGAUGUUUUGACAGGACUGCAGACAUGCUGUGUGGUCUGAGGAGAGAGGCGAAGAAUAGCAGCAUCGAUGACGGGCCCUACUCUAAGGGCAACAAGGACUCUGGAGGGACCGACCAUGCCUCCAGGAGACGCAGUAUUGCAGAAGACUACCGGGGUGUGACCACCGUGGACCUGAUAAAGAGGGAGGGCAGCAGCCUGGGCCUCACCAUCUCCGGGGGGUCCGAUAAGGACGGCAAGCCCAGAGUGUCAAACCUACGGCCAGGUGGGCUAGCUGCCAGGAGUGACCAGCUGAAUGUGGGAGACUACAUCAAGUCUGUGAAUGGCAUCAACCUGUCCAAGCUCCGCCACGAUGAGAUCAUCAGCCUGCUGAAGAACAUAGGGGAACGUGUGGUGCUGGAAGUGGAGUACGAAUUACCUCCCUUUGUCCAGAAUGCUCCCUCGGGUGUCAUAUCUAAGACCAUAGAGGUGUGCCUAUACAAGGAGGGUAACAGCUUUGGAUUCGUCAUGAGAGGAGGGUUCCAUGAAGACUGGCACAGGUCUUGUCCUCUGGUAGUGACCUACGUACGGCCCGGGGGUCCUGCUGAUAGAGAGGGCACACUGAAGGCUGGUGACCGCGUGCUGAGCGUGGAUGGGAUGCCCUUAAACCGAGAGAAGCACGCUGACGCCCUCACUAUGCUGAUGCAGUGUAGCCAGGAAGCCCUGUUCCUGAUUGAGUAUGACGUCUCCGUCAUGGAGUCUGUGCAGCAGGCCUCUGGCCCCCUGCUGGUGGAGAUAGUGAAGUGUCCUGCAGCCAGCCUGGGUGUCAGCCUGGCUACUGCAGUGUACAGGAACAAGCAGGUCAUCAUCAUUGACAAAAUCAAACAGGCCAGUGUGGUGGAGAGGUGUGGGGCAUUGCAUAUAGGUGAUCUUCUCCUGUGUAUAGAUGGGACCAGUACUGAGCACUGUUCCCUGAUGGAGGCCACACAGCUGUUGGCCCAAACCUCUGACGUUGUUAAAUUGGAGAUCCUGCCAGCCAAUCAGAGCAGACUUCCCAUGAGACCUCAAGACACAGUGAAAGUGGAGAAGAGCAACCUUCACCAUUGGGACCCCACUGUUAACUACAGCCACACCCAACACUGCAAGACAUGGAGCAGUCCCAGCCACCCACUCAACCAGCAGGACCACUGCACAUCUCUGGUGUGUGGUGGCUUCUCCCCUUCCUCCACAGCCACCUCAGGGUACAGCAGCAGCCAGGGCAGCAACACCCUACCCUGCCCCAUCCCAUCCACCAGCCCCCGUAGCACCACAAAUAAGAGACGCCAGAGGAGGAAGGAGCACAAGAGCUCACUGUCCCUAGCAUCCAGCUCAGUGGGCCCUGGGGGUCAGGUUGUUCAUGUGGAGACCAGCGAGGUCAUCCUGAGGGGGGAUCCACUCACAGGGUUCGGGGUUCAGCUGCAGGGGGGUGUCUUUGCCACAGAGACCCUGACCGUUCCCGCAGUCAUCCGCUUCAUCGAGCUUGACAGCCCUGCCGAAAGAUGUGGGUUGCUGCAGGUGGGGGACAGACUCCUGUCCAUCAACAGAAUCCCUACAGAGGAUGGAACACUGGAGGAGGCCAAUCAGCUACUGCGUGACGCCGCUCUGGCCAAUAAGGUCACCCUGGAGAUUGAGUUUGAUGUAGCAGAAUCAGUGGUUCCCAGUAGUGGCACGUUCCAUGUAAAACUGCCCAAGAGGAGAGGAGUCGAACUUGGUAUCACCAUCAGUGCAAGCAAGAGACCUGACAAACCUCUGAUCAUCUCUGAUAUCAGGAAAGGAAGCAUAGCCCACAGGACGGGUACGUUGGAGCCAGGGGACAGGCUGCUGGCCAUCGAUAACGUGCGUCUGGAGAACUGCUCCAUGGAGGAUGCUAUGCACGUGCUUCAGCAGGCAGAGGACAUGGUCAAGCUCCGGAUCCAGAAGGACGAGGACAACGCUGAUGAGCUGGAGAUGUCUGGUUCCAUUAUCUACACGGUGGAGCUGAAGCGUUACAACGGCCCGUUGGGUAUCACCAUCUCAGGCACAGAGGAGCCCUUUGACCCCAUCGUCAUCUCAGGCCUCACCAAGAAUGGCCUGGCUGAAAGGACUGGUGCCAUCCAUAUAGGGGACCGUGUCUUGGCCAUUAACUGUGUGAGUCUGAAGGGGAAACCACUGAGUGAGGCCAUCCAUCUUCUCCAGAUGGCCGGAGAGACUGUCACCCUCAAAAUAAAAAAACGUCAAGACGAAUCAGAUGUGCAGCAGAUGUCGAAGCAGGCAGGGUUCCUGAGCGACACAGAGGAUGAGCUGACUGACUCCCAGAAGACCAGUAAACACUCAGGGGUGUACUCUGCCACCGUGCCCAGCAUGGACUCUGCCAUGAGCUCCUGGGACGGCUCCGGCAUCGAUGCUGACUACGGCAGCCAAGGAACGUAUCUCCACAGAGCUGCAGAUUUGACUUUCCAGCCUACUGAGUGGAGACGCACCAAACCACCCAGGACCCACCUCAACUCCAUCUCCACUGGCCUUACCGGCCUUACCCACCACUCCCACCUCUACGAUGGGAGAUACACUGAGGAUGACUGGGAUAAGGCUGCUGGAUACGCCAGCCCCCCUAGUUGCCAUGGCACCCUGAAACAGGAGGAUAGCUUCUGGUCCCAGGCGUUGCAGGACCUAGAGACCUGCGGCCAAUCAGAGAUACUCAGGGAGCUGGAGGCGUCCAUGACUGGCAGCACUCUCAGCCUGUAUCUGGAGGAAACGAGGUCCCAGGAUGACUCAGUGCUACAGAGCAGAAUCAGUCCUGUGAAGAGGGGUCCCAUUCAUGACGAGCCCAAGACCAAAAGCAACCUGCAGAGGUCAAACAGGACCAGGGACACACCACCCAGGGGGAGAGGGGAGCCCCAGGAGACCAGCUCCCCUACAGCCCUGGAACUACUGAAGGUGACCCUGAGGAAGGACCCAGACUGUGGAGACUUCGGCUUCAGUGUGUCAGACGGCCUCCUGGAGAAGGGUGCCUACGUCAACAUGAUCCGACCAGAUGGUCCUGCCGACCAGGCCGGGUUGAAACCCUAUGACCGCAUUCUGCAGGUGAACCGAGCAAGGACCAGAGACUUUGACUGCUGCCUGACCGUCCCCCUCAUCACUGAAGCAGGAGACAGCUUGGACCUGGUAAUCAGCAGGAACCCCCUGGCACAGGCAGAUAAUGGGCCGCCUCAGGACUGCGAGGACCCGUCUGAUUCACUGUUGGACUUCCCAUAUUACAGGACCAACAGUAUCGCCCUGUGACCCAGGUCCAGGUGGGAGAUUAUGGAUUAAUUGGCACUGCACAUUACACACACUGAUUUUGUUUCAUAUCUCUUGUACAGACACACACACACACAACCACAUUCACACGUGAGCAUACAUGUGUACGUGAGUAUUCACACAGACACACAGUCAUUCACACUGUGUGACCAGUGUUAGUCAGUCUAAUCAUGUGAUGCAGAGCAGAGGAGACUGUCAGGCUCCUAGAGCUGUUCUGGAGAAAACACAUGUCGUUACGUAACAGCUUCUGGAUGACAACACUAGCGUUGCUCAGUUCUGCAGAAAUCCUAGAGAAACACAAACACGUACUUCCAUCCCAGAGAAGCAGGCGUGUUUGGCACACCACCACUACAGCAUUUACUUUUUAUUUUAUUUAUUGUGUGCAAUUGACCCUCUGUGACCUUUUGCUGGGGAUUGGUGCAGUUACAUGUACACACACACUUGACACACGAACGUGGGCACAUGCUGUGCUGGACUAUUAUUUAAGCCAUGGGUUGGCUGGCUGCCUUCUCUUUCCCCUCCUGGCCCACAUUGCCAACCCCAAGCAAAAAAAAACGGCUAACUAGCAACUCCAAAUAGAUAGAAUGCUAAGCUGUCACUCACUGUUACUUGCCAAGUAUUGCAAAUAUUUCUAUUUUAGAUCCCCCACUCUAUCCUGAAGUCUAAAAUGUUUGUGAAAAUGGACUUGGUGACUCGGGUCCAGGUUUUUAUCCCUGUUGUUAUUAAAUGUCCGUCAUAUGAAGGACAAAUACUUACGAACGACUGUUUUAUCACACCUACUUUGUCCACAACAAAAGUUACUUUUCAGAAUGUUUAUUUUUCUCAUUACAUUUCUCACUGUGUUAAUAUCUACUGGAUAGACUGGGCAGAAGUGUGUAAUUCAUACUUUUUGGGAUCAGUGUUUUUGUUUCGCAAGGUUCUUGUCAACGGUUUUAUGUAAUCAAGUUCACUACAUUUAUUUUACCAAACCCCACUUUUGUUGCUAGCAUGCACUGGUAGUUCACCCAAAUCGGAUCCAUGCACUAGUAGUUCACCCAAAUCAGAUCCAUGCACUGGUAGUUCACCUAAAUCAGAUCCAUGCACUAGUAGUUCACCUAAAUCAGAUCCAUGCACUGGUAGUUCACCUAAAUCAGAUCCAUGCACUGGUAGUUCACCUAAAUCAGAUCCAUGCACUGGUAGUUCACCCAAAUCAGAUCCAUGCACUGGUAGUUCACCCAAAUCAGAUCCAUGCACUGGUAGUUCACCCAAAUCAGAUCCAUGCACUGGUAGUUCACCCAAAUCGGAUCCAUGCACUAGAUUGACUUGUUUUAUCACUCAUGAUUAGAUUGUAUUAUACCACGAUUGGUGAUAGUCACAUUAUUUUGAAAAGCUUUAUCACCCACUAAAGGAGUGUUCCUUAUCAUGAACACUACUUGAUUCUGUUGUUCAGGUCACAUCUCUUUAGAUGUUCAGGUCACACAGCCUCAAUAUCAGCAUCUCCCAUGUGAGGCCAGGAGUUUUUCCUGACUAGGAAAACCUCCUGGCUCUAGUCCUAUGUAUACACGUUUCAGAAGGCAUUAUACCAGAGUAUCAACUCUCAGGAGUCUAGGGUGUGGUUUCCCCACAAACAGACUCUUAAGUGAAUCACAUCCCCUGCCAAAUGUGGAAUAAAAUACAUUUCAAUUGAGAUGAGUGAUUUCCUUUAAAACCAUUUUCAUGUAUCCGUUAAGGCCCCAACUCCCAAUACGGUGUGGCCUUGGAUUAGAGUAUUUUUCUGAACCUCCAUGGCUGUUUCUCCCACCCAUGUUAGUAAGCAUGUAGCUAUAGGAUUUAAUGCCCCACCCAGUAGAAAGCUCACAUUGUUCACAAAAGGUAAUUUUGGAACAUUUCUGCGCUGAACAAUUGCCAUCUCUUUCCUGCUCCGUCAGACAGAAUGUUCCCCAUAGAUGUUUGCGUUUUAUCAUGACAUUGUAUGGUUUUAUAAAGCUCUUACAUAACGUGUCUAGCCCUGGCCUGCUUACCAAGCUGCCUCAGUGGAAAUAAGAUGAUUUGUGUAAUGUAAUGGCUGGUGUAGUGAGACUGCAGUCAUGCUGUCCCGUUCAGGGCUCAACUAUCUGCUUUUUAAUCCUCAGGAAGGAAACCAUGUAUUUAGAUUAUUUCAUCACACAUGAAAAAUGUCCCAUUUGAUACAGAAGACUAUUUGAUACAGAAGACUAUACUAUAAUGUUUUUAUACAUUUUAUUUGAGGUGCUUCUGAAUAUUAUUCAAUACAUGGUCUCCCUAUGUAUAAUGUUUUUAUUUGAAAUGACAUUCUGCGUGUGGUUUCUGUAUGUAAGAUGUGACUGAGUGCAGUGUCUGUUCUCUGUUCAGUUCUUCUGUUUACGUGGUCCCCCAGCUGCAUCCAAUCAUUGCUAUUUAAGUAGGGGGGCGGGGGGUCUGAGCCAAUUUGAAGGAGAUGGUUUGUGAGAUGUACAUGAAAUGGAUGUAAUUUUAUUCUUUAAUGAGAUAUUUCCUGCUUUUUAUGAAAAUAAAGAUAUGACUAAUGGGG